UUGCCCAAAAUUUAAUACAAGGGCGGGAACUUUAUACAUCACCGCCUCACUGCUGCUACCAGCUUUCCUCACACGAUUGAUCCGUCAUGGAGAAGCAUGCAGUUCCGGUGGCUCCGAUCGGUGAAAACCCUAAGCCGAUUACAAGGUCGCACUGGAAAAGAAGCCUCAUUCAAUUGACCGGAAAAUCCGAUCGCCAUUACCUUCACGACGUCGCCCCACGCCUGAUGCAAUCGUAUUCCGAAAUUGGGGCAUUUCCUCAUACUUAUUAUAAUCAGGAAUUACCUUGUGUAACACAUCUCAGAGGGCACCAUCCUUUUUCCUUGGACUUUAUACCUCCGCCAGCCAUCCAUGGCUUCAGACAGUCAGGGUUGGGUGUCUCUGCUUUAGAAUUUGAUGCAAAGGGAAUCUAUUUGGCAUCAGUGACAAGAGUAGGGUGCUUAACAGUACAUGAAUUUGAAUCUCUAUACUGUCAGAGUAACGGGUCUGGUGCGGAGGAAGAUCAAGGGAAGCAUUUGCUACACAUUCAGUUACAUAGUGCAAAUGCUGUUCGCUGGAAUCCUGCUAAUCAGAAUGAGGUUGCAUGUACAUCCCUGAGAAAUAACGAAGUUCUUAUAUUUGACAUUGGGUAUGCUUCUUCUGAACCAACUGAGGUGUUAAGAAAAAGGUCUGCUGUCAGUGUUCAUGGUAGUAGUGUGCGACUAGGUUUAUCUGACAUAGCCUUAUCAAAUGAUGAGGCAAGGGUACUUGCUUCUGACACAUGUGGAGUAAUAAGUAUCUGGGACAGGAGAGCAAGCAAUCGUCCACAAUCUGGGCUUACAACUAAUGCGACUUACGGUCUCACCAGCAUCCAACUAGACGAGAAUCAAUGCGUGAUUGGCGCUAGUAAGAGUGGCUUUAUAUAUAUAUGGGAUCUACGUGGUGGAAGAUCGUCAGCUGCUUUUCAAAGUCACAAGGAGGCAUACUCUCUUCCUCUAACAUCAGUAAGGUUAUCAUCUAUGCUGAAUAAAAUAGGGCCUCUGAAGGCACAAUCAAAUAUUCUACCUAAAGAAAUUCAGUCUAUCAACAUUAAUCCAUCUUGUCCAUAUCAGUUGGGGUUCCAUCUUGAUGAUGGUUGGUCAGGUGUUUUGGAUUUGCAUAAUUUCCAAGUGUCACAUAUUCAUUGCCCUCCUCCUACGUGGCUGGAUCAAUUAAACGCUGCACUUUUUAUAUCCCUAUCAAGGAAACCAUCAUGGCUACCUAAACACUCUAUUUAUGCAGUUGGGUCGACUUCAAGCAAUGGCCUGCACCUUUUAGAUUUCUAUCCACACACCAGCUCCCCGUGCCAUGUGGAUUACGAUGACUCAAAGAAUCCCAGUGAGACCUUUGAGUGUAAACAAAAUGUAUUUGUACCAUUAUCUGGACAUGUUACGGCUUGUGCUGCUCAUCCUCUUAAUGGCACCAUUGUUGCUGGAACCGCGGAAGCCUCUUUAUUAAUGAUUUCUCAAAAGCACCUUUGCAAGAAAGGAGACGGCGACGAUGAUGAGCAUUCAUGAAAGACAAUAAACCCUGGAACUGUAAAACUGCUAUUGCGAGUGUUAUAAUAGAGGAAUGGGAUAUCUUGAAGAUGAUGUCUUUGCAUAAAUAAAGUUAGUUCAAAAGUAAGAUGUGUCCAAAGGUUUCAGAGGCUAUUUUUGCUGUUUAGGAUCUAUAGAAUAAUGUGAAUGUAUGAUGUAUCGUAUAUGAUGGAAUCCCCUUUCUUCCCUUAAUUGGGAAUGAGUGGUGUGGAUUUGAUGAUUUAUACAAGUAGAGCUUUUGAGACA